AUGUAUGGCUCUCAGAUCUCACAGCGCCGACCAAGUGGUGCUCCCGGUUUCUCUGUUCCAAAUCAUGUUAGCCAAGAACGGCAGCAUACUAUGGUGGGGGACAUACCAUACAACUUUCGCAGUGAUCAAUCCCACCUGUCUCCCUUGACCCCCAUGACUCCUGCUCUGCCUCAACUAGAUGGAGGGCCUCGUGAACAGACUGGCACGUCUGGUGAUGCUUCAAACGGGCUCAUGCAGAAUCAGCACAACCAGGUUGGCACUGGACGGGCUGGACAAAUGAGCUCACCAGAGUUUUCCCGUCCAUUUGGGCUGCCUCACGAACAUCAAACACCGUCCCAUCCUAUGCGAGCCCCUAGCGUGCCGAACUUUACUCCGUCUUCUCAGGGCAGGUCACCUUACCUCGGCCAUGAUUCACGGACAUCGUUCUCGAAUAGUGAACCGUCAUCCCGUGGACAGUCUCUUGGCCCUGGAAUGGAAUACAAUCAGCUCUUGUAUCCUAGACAACAACAGCAGCAACAGGUGUCCACGCGCGGUUUCAGUCGACCUUUGUUGUUCCAGGAACCUGCAGGAUACCGUAGUGAUGAUCUGCAAAAUCAUUUUUCGCAGCUAGCAGCUGAGCAUGUCCGCCUACAGCAAGAACAUCAGCUACUUCGCGCCGAGUAG